UCACAGUUCCAGUGCACUCACUCGUACAAUCCGUACUGCGGUCCGGUGUCAUAGACAACACCAUUGAUCUCCGUGCGGGACGCCGUUGAGAGCAGAUGGAGACUCUUCAAACGGCCAGCUUAGAGGACAUCGGACCGUUCAAGAAGCCUCUGGAAGACAAGAAAGAGCACUACAACAGUGGCGAUCACAACGAAACAAAUUAUGUAGACCUGGGCAAUCCGGUGGACAUGAAGUCAGAUAGCACAAAGACAGUAAAAGUCACAUUCACAGGCGAAGGAAACCAACUGGCCAUCUUCAAAUGUAAAGGCGACACCCCCGUCUCCGGAAUUAAGAGUCUUGGAGAGCAAGAGGAGAACGAAAAUGUUGAUAACAGAUCAUCAAAAGACAGUUGCGCGGAUAACGUCGGAAUUGAAAAGUGCAGUUCGGAGAGACUUUAUGGAGAGCGCGGUCCCCUUAAACUAAAUGUUCCUUCGGAGGAUGACUUUACAGGUGAUGAGGACGCAAAAACUGACAAUCCAAAAUAUGAAACGGAGGAGCUACAGUAUACGGACAUGUACUUGAACAGCCGCUGCGAAUCAAAAGAUGGCAAGAGCGCAGCGGACGCAGAGUCCCACUACAUAACCACGCACGAGAUUCAGCUAACGGAGCAGGAUCAUGAUGUGGACUACGAGUUUGGCCGAGGAUCCUGCUGGGAUUUCGAGGAUGAUAAUCUAGUAUAUUCGUUUGUUGACUAUGCAUCAUUUGAGAGCGACGAGACGACACCUAGAAGAAUUCAAAGCAAGUCAAAGAGCAAUAAGUUUCAGCACACUUUACGCGCAGCGAAGCUUUCCGCCACCGGUGCGCUGGUCAGCACUGAGAGUGAACUUUGCGAAUCCGACAAAUGUGCCAGCUCGGAUGAAGGCGCGAGUAAGAUCCAACCCGACCGCAGAAAUUCGGCGGGACAUAUUCACCUGUCGAUCAAAACAUCCUCGCGGGCUAUCAACGACCAUGCCACUGUCUUAGAAGAAAAGAAUGUCCGCGUUCACACCAAACGCGCGGGCGAGCGAGGUCAUUAUUCGUUCCGAAGCUCUGACUCCAAAAGCGAGACCCAGUAUGACCGCUACUUCAUCCCACCUCCUGGUCGCCAACACUUAGCGAGCAAACUGAGAGGAAAAGACAUUAACGAAUAUUCCAGUGGCGCGUCCAGUUCCGUUAGUGAACUGGAUGACGCUGAUAAAGAGGUGCGCAAUCUCACCGCCCGGUCCUUCCGGAGCCUGGCGUGUCCUUACUUUGAUGCAAUAAAUUUGAGCAGCUCGAGUGAGUCCUCAAUGUCAGAACACGGACUUAGUAUUAACAAAUGGUCCGCUUUCGUCGACUUGAAUUACAGCAACUUGACACAGGGACGCGAGCAGGACAUGCUGGCGCACAAGAACUCUACGCCUCUUUUGGAGGGGAAUAAAUGCGCCGAGUGUAAAAACGCGAAAGAUUUGCUUCCUACUAAUGCACAAAAGCCACAAACUAACAUAUUGUCGCUGAAAAAUAACUUGAACUCUCAGCAGGCGUCCUCCGGGUCGUCUAAGAAACUAGAGACAAGUAGCAAUCCGGGUGUCAGUGAAACCAUCACACUUACUGAAACCUUAAAUUUCAGCUGCAAUGUCGGAGCAGGCAUACCUGCGCGCGAGAGGCGCGCGAAACGCGCACUGAAUGCAGUAAGGUCACGUUCCACAGCUGACGUCACGGGCACCGUGCCAAGCAAGCCUGGCUGUGAAGCAGAAAGUCAGCUCCGUGAAACGGCUGAAACCUCGGAAGAUACCCACAAGAAAGCCAUCUUCGCCUCUAGUCUUUUGAAAAAUGUCAUCUCCAAGAAAAUGCAGCUUGAGCAGGAGCGUAAAAUGGAAAGAGGCGAAAUAUGCAACACCUAUCCCACGUCACCAUUGUGCCCUCAAUCUAAGGAUCAAGACGCCAAGAAAGAAAAAGAGAUUGUGCAAAGACAGACCCCAGAAACCUCAGAUGACCCCAGAGCUGCAACCGACAGCAUGUCUCGUGUCUCAGACGACCAGCCACAAGAGAACCCGUGUUUCCUGGGUGCUGAACACACUGAGUCACGCUGUGAACCAGACGACGCCCUAAAAACUCCCCUGACCCCCAGUGAAAAGAGUGCUUUCAAAACCUGGAAAGAUGGGGAGGAAGAAUCUAAAGCUAAGGGUGAUGGAGAGUCUAAGUGCGCGCAGGAGAACACCCCGCCAAACACCUCGAUUACGCCCGUGAUGAAAAGCAGUGAAUGUGUUGAGGGCGAGAGUAGUAAGAUGAUUCAGAUGUCUCACUUGUAUGUCCCUAGCUCGCAGUUUAUGCCUAAGGAGAAGGAAGCGGCCGGGAUUUCAUUACAUAAUCUGAAAGCGUCUGGAGAAUUUGCGGAGUCAGAUUGUGGAGGGUGCGGACAACUGAGCUCUGGCCAGCUUCAGUGCUCUGCGGACAUCGAUAAAACCCCACGGUGUCAAAAAGCGCCCGAAAUCAAAAUAUGCCUUCGAAGUGUCAAAGAAAACAAAAGCAAACAGUUGAACAUCGCCAACCUUUUAACCCCUAUCAUACAUUGCAACGUCAGCCCCAAAAAGGCGACGAACGAGUCUAAAAGCCAUUUGCAAACCGUAUCUGACAAAGUGCCGCAUUUUAUGGUUAGGGAUAUCAGAGAUAGUAAAUGUAAGUUCCAGACUCCUAUUCACCAGGUUAGAGAUGUGCGCAAAUUGGUUAAAAGCUCAUACAGGUUUGUAGCCCUAGAAAACACCUGCGCUACAUCCGGAACGGUCUCCACGACAACAGAAUUACGCGAGGAGAGUAAACCUGUAAAGAGGGGACCGUGUCCUUCACCAAUGGUGAUCAAAUGUCAGUCUGUGAAUACAAACAGUGUCACGAAACCCCAUGAGCCUGUAAAUCUGAGAGAGUCCGAGAGUGUGACAUCGGAAUGUACUUUUAAAAGCGACAGAUGCAGAGUUCCGUGCGCAAAGCAGCCUUUGACUGAACAGCCAGAGUUUAGCUUAAAAAUCGAUGCCAAAACGGCAAAGCAAAAAAAGGAAAAAGCAGCAGACGCCGGCGAGAAGAAACCUGAAUCGAAGGUCUCAAAUCAAAUAGCGCUUGAAAAGUUAAAGGCGGCUGUGAAAACCAUGGAGCAACUGUACGUUUUUGAUAGGAAUGAAUGGAAGCGCAAAACGCAAGCGCCGCGACCAGUAACGGACAGUCACGUCCUGUCACUAAUCACGCGAGAGGAGCAAGGAGUCACGACCAAAACGGACUUUGAUAACGAAUAUGGAAAAGCUUACAAUAUGAAACGCACUAGCUCGGCCACAGCCUCUAAUGCUGGUGUUGUGAUAGAUGAAGGUGAACUUUGCAUGCCAGCAGGUUCUCACAGUCAGGAAGACGCAUCUAAAGUAGUAGCCCAAAGGGCAGAUUCUUUCAAUAACAAAUGUGUGUUUAGUCCGGGCAGUAACCCCAAAGCACCCACCCAUGUAAGUACAGUGAAAGAAAGCGCUCAACAAAUGUUUUCUAGCAGGGACUAUUCUUUUAAAUCCCAAAAAGUGCCUUUGUCAUUGAAAAUGUGUCCUCCUAAAGUAAAGAGUGUGGACGGAGAAAAAGGCAAGAGUACUGUUUCUGAGCACAAGCAACCUCCACACUCAGACUCUGACAAUUACCUAACCAUCCCUGUUAAAACUCAAGCUUCUGAUUCCAAACUCACGCUUCACCCGAAGCCCUCCCUUCAGCCUAUGCAACGCUCACCAAUUGUCAUGGAGCCUUGGUCCCCAGAGAGUCAGACAGCCACAAUAUAUCACCACGCCGUGCCCCUGUCAGCUAUGCCUGCUGUACCUCCCGCCCAACCCCAGGUGCUUUGCCUCACACCCCCUGCAGAGCCCCCAGUCCCUCACAUCCAGCGGAAGCUGCUGCUGGACCCCACCACGGGCCAGUAUUACUUAGUGGACACCCAUGUGCCCGUGCAGCCAGCCGCCCAGCGGUUUUACCAUCCGGAGAGUGGUCAGUACUUGGACAUUCCUUUAUCAGUCCUCCCAGUGCCCAUGUCUGUCUCACCGGUAACCCUCAGUGCUGCGGCAACCUAUUCCCCCACCUACCUCGUCUAUCCCUCAACCUUACUGCCACCCCACACACACCCAAAUCCCCAGUCUCACUCUUCCACCUGCUCAGAGGGCGAGGACACGGUCGAGACAGGCAGCUUGUAUCUGAUACCGCCGGGUCCGUUAGUACCCAGUAGCACUAAACCCAUCAUUAGUAUUACAUCACAGCAAGGUGCCCGUAUUGUUGCCCCUCCCUCUUUUGAUGGGACAACCAUGAGCUUUGUGGUGGAGCAUAGAUAACUAAAUGAUGGUCCAUGUGUUUGUAGGACUGUGUCCUUUUCCCUUCCACGUCAUCAAAACUUUCUCACACGUUUCGCACUUUCCCACACUUGUCUUCAUCAAUUCCUACCUGCUGUUACCCCCAGAUCUGUGGCUUUUGGAACGUUUCCACUAAAGAUGAACAACUGCAAUAUACUGAAGCAGUUUUACAAACUUUUCUAAAAAACAUUUGCUUUUCUGUAGACAUUAUGAGACAACCGUUUUUGUUGCCUAUUUAGACUUCUUUAAGCACUACAUACUUAAGGGAAAUGAUGUUCAUUAAAUUUUCAUCUUGUAUAUAGUGUUUUUAUUCUUGUUACUGUUACUGUUUUUAUUGUCAAGGUACAGUUUUUAUUUACCAUGUACAUUUUGAUUGUGUAAAGCAUGGUGUGUGUGUGUGUGUUUGUGAGAGAGAGGGAGAGAGAGAAGGAGUAGAAGGAGAGUAAGAGAGCGACAGUGUUUGGUGUAUGAGUGUGAGAUAAAGAGACAGAACUAGGGGUGUGUCUGUUUCCUUUAACUGUGAUUUGUGAGAGCAGUUUCAUAAGAUUAUAAAUGGAUAGGGCAAUGAGCAAUUCUGUACAGUGUCAGUGUAUAAUGACUGUCAUAUUAUUAUAAUGGAAUUGAAAACACUUCGACACAUUUAGGAAGUAAUUCAGAAUUGUAGCCAAAUCUUUAUGCUGUAGGACCUCUGUAUGUAGUGCAGGCAUGUUGCGGUCUCAUGGUAUUUUGCCUCCACAUUUCUCAUUCUCUUCUUUUGGUUUUCUUGCUUUCUCCCCUUCCUUUCCACCAUCUGUCCUCCUGUUUCAUUUUCUUCUAUUUUUAAUUUUGUUACAUUGAUCAUACAUUAAAGAUAUAUGGAUCUGCAGGCCAGUCUAUA